AUGAUGGCGCCGUUACUUGCUUUGAUCGUUGUACUUUUCAUUCCAAAUGGAAUUUUUGCAAGUCCUUCCACAGUUCCGGCAUUCCUUUGGUCGUCUCAUUAUAAUCUGGUCUCAGACAAUGGAUUGAAGGGGUCCGUUAAUUAUCAGGUCAUUUCUCCAAAAGACCUAGCGAAAUCUGUUUUAUCUGAAGCAGGGUGGUCAAAUUUUCUGUGUAAAGGGAAGAAAUUUCAGGAUCCUCUCGAUCUGGCACUUAUAUUUGUUGGUGGAGAGUUACAAUCUUCAGAUUUAAGUUUGAAUGCAGAUUCAUCACUAUCAGAGUUGCUUAAGGACUCCUUUGUCAGAUCCAACACUUCCAUGGCAUUUCCCUAUGUUUCAGCAUCACAGGAUGUAAAUUUGGAAGAUUCAUUGGUUUCAGGAUUUGCUGAAGCCUGUGGAGACGAUUUAGGAAUUGGCAACGUUGCUUUCCUUGGAUCCUGCUCCAUGGGCAAUGGAAAUCAUGAAGAAACUGCAGCUUUGCACUCAGUUCAAGGCUAUUUGACCCAGAGGAUGGAAAAGAGUCACAAAGGGAAAACAGAUUUGCUUGUGUUCUGCAAUGAACAAUCUCAAGCUUCGAAAAAUGUUGACAGAACACAAUCUGAAGGUGAAAUUUUAUCCGAGCUCAUCAGCUCUGUAGAGAAAUCUGGGGCAAAGUAUGCAGUUCUUUACGUGUCAGAUCUCUCGAAGUCAAUCCAGUAUCCUUCUUACAAGGAACUGCAAAGGUUUCUAGCAGAAAGUACAAUAGGAAAUGGAUCAGUCAAUUCUACAGUUUGUGACGGUGUUUGCCAGCUUAAAUCAUCGCUUCUGGAGGGGCUUUUUGUGGGAAUAGUUUUGUUAAUAAUUUUGAUAUCGGGACUUUGCUGUAUGAUGGGGAUUGACUCCCCAACAAGAUUUGAGGCGCCUCAAGAGUGA